CACUCAUCCUUUAAGUCUGGGUGGGGCUGGGUGCGCGUGCGCAGUUUUAAUACUCCUCCCAAACUGCCAACUCUUCGCGCAGGCGAGUUAGGCUCGUUUUGCCUCUGUUUACGCGUGCGCCUUAACCGGUUUGGCCCCGGAAGACCAGACGCCUGCGCAGUGGGGACUGCGGUGACAGUCCUACGGGUGGGGCGCAGGCCAGUCAUGGCGGAGUCUUGGUCUGGGCAGUCCUUGCAGACUCUGCCGGCCACGGUGCUGGGGGCUCUGGGCGCCUUGGGUAGCGAGUUCCUGCGGGAGUGGGAGGCGCAGGACAUGCGCGUGACCCUCUUCAAGUUGCUGUUGCUGUGGUUGGUGUUAAGUCUCCUGGGCAUCCAGCUGGCUUGGGGGUUCUACGGGAGCACGGUGACCGGGCUGUAUCACCGCCCAGGUCUGGGCGGCCAGAACGGAUCCACACCUGAUGGCUCCACGCAUUUCCCUUCGUGGGAAACAGCUGCAAACGAACCUCUCAAAACCCACAGAGAAUAAGGGAAGGCAGCAGAGGGGUCUCCAGGGACAUCGUCGGGUCUGCUGGCUCCCACACUGGGUUCUACUGCUACCCAGACCCCAGGGAUGACUGCAGGGGGGUCAGGUUUGGGAGGCAGGGAGUACUCCAGUACUCACGGGGUUGGGCCUCCACUGCCCUUGGCCUUUCCUCCAGCAGCCCCAGGCGUUGGGCCAGUAAAGUGUUCGCCUCUGCCCUGAUCCGGGUGCCUUAAGGAGAGAAUGCUGCUCCUCCUCUCUCAGGGGUCAGUUCAGGAGAAGCCUCCGGGAAGGCCAGCAGUCCAUUUUCUCUCUCAGCUUUUCCUGCCCCCCCUCCCAUCCCCCUGGGAUGUGAGCCGAUAGAGACUUACCCCCCUGAGAGGAAGCCUGAGGUUGACCGGCUCUGGGAUUUGUAAGGGAAGUCCAUUUUCCCCUAAGCCCUAGGUUUUCCGAAUUUGGUUUUGCUGUUGUUGGCGGGGAGCCAGGAAUCUUGGCCUGGACACAACCUUAUACUCUGUGGUUACUUGCUCGGCCAGUCAAGUAUAAGACAGUGGGCAGCUGGCACCAUCCAGACAUGGAGGCACCAAACACCCACCUUCUUGGCCCACUCAGAGCUCUCCUGGUGUGAGCCAGACUACAGAAAUUAUCUUAUUGUGAGCAUCAUACUCAUAUUCCUCUCAGUUCUUCUUGGAGGGAAACCGGGUGCCUGAACAAGGCUGAGCCCCAGGGGGGACUUCCCACCUCCACCCCCACCACUUAAGUGCCCAUGGGGUUGUGGGUCUGUAGCCUGCCCCCUCCGAGAGAGUCUAGGCAGUCAGUGCAGGGCAGCCCCGUGCUGCCCUGCAGCCCCAUCACUUCCCAUGCUGACCUGGAACCACAGGAGCUUCAUCCGAACAGGGACUUGGCUCCUCCCCACCAGCACCAUCCGCACUCUUAAGAGUGCAGAGCCGCAGCCUGCGCGGGCACGCCACUUCCAAAGGGGUGGAUGGCAAGCGCCAGUUCCUGAAGGCAGUGUGGCCCUAGGUCCGUCUCCCUCCCUGUGCUUCUGCCUGCUGUUCCGUCUGAUGUCGCAUUUCCAUCUGGCAGCCUUUGCCUAGAUCGUCCGCGGCAGAGGUGCGCAGGGAGUGGGACUCCACUGAGCCCUGGCGCGGGCACUUACAGCAGAGGGGCCUUCCGGCUGGCAGGAUGGUGGUUUUGCCGCCCAGGUCCACCCACUGACACCACCACCACCACACAGUCAGGGUCUCCUGUUCCUCCCCGGGCUCAGCUGAGGAGGCGGCUUAUUAAAGAUGGAAGUGCA